CCAUGCAUGCUGAAGAAUGUCACUCACAUUCUGUUACGUGUCCCUCCUUCACUCUUCUCCCAUCCCUAUAAAUAACCACACCGCAGGUUCUCCGCUUCAUCAAUAUCAUUAGUAAUCAGUUAAUGAUAACAAUCACAAUGGCCAGGCACUUUCUAUCUUCAUUUUCCCUCUGCUUCCUGCUCUUCACUACCGCGUGUUUAGCACAUCACUCUGAAUCAGACAGGUUCAACCAAUGUCAGCUUGACAGUAUCAAUGCAUUGGAACCAGAUCACCGUGUUGAAUCAGAAGCUGGUCUCACUGAAACAUGGAACCCCAAUCACCCUGAGCUAAAAUGUGCUGGUGUAUCUCUUAUCCGACGCACCAUUGAUCCUAAUGGCCUUCACUUGCCUUCUUAUUCACCAUCUCCACAGUUGAUUUUCAUCAUCCAAGGGAAGGGAGUACUUGGGCUUGCAGUCCCUGGUUGUCCUGAAACUUACGAAGAACCACGCUCACAAUCUAGACGGCAACAACAGCAACGUGACAGCCACCAGAAGAUUCGACGCUUCUCUAAAGGUGAUGUCAUUGCCAUUCCACCUGGAAUUCCUUACUGGACCUAUAACCAUGGUCAUGAACCUCUUGUUGCCAUUACUCUUCUCGACACUUCCAACACUCUAAACCAGCUCGACUCAACCCCCAGAGUAUUUUACCUAGGCGGAAACCCAGAGAUAGAGUUCCCCGAAACACAGCAAAAACAACAUGAACCACGUCAACAAAGGUACAGUUUCUUGGUUGGACGUAGAGGUGGACAACAACAAGAGGAGGAAUCUGAGGAACAAAACGAAGGUAACAGCGUGCUGAGUGGCUUUAACGUAGAGUUUUUAGCACAUUCACUCAACACCAAAGAGGAUACAGCCAAGAGACUUCGAUCUCCACAGGACGAAAGGGGUCAAAUCGUAAAAGUAGAGGACGGUCUUCACAUCAUCAGUCCUGAGUUGCAAGAAGAAGAAGAACAAAGUCACAGUCAACGGAAGGAGGAAGAGGAAGAAGAACAAGAACAAAGACACCGCAAACAUAGCAAAAAAGAAGAUGAGGAUGAGGAUGAAGAAGAAGAAGAAGAACGAGAACAAAGACACCGCAAACAUAGCGAAAAAGAAGAGGAGGAUGAGGAUGAACCUCGCAGCUAUGAGACUCGUCGAAAGUGGAAAAAACACACCGCAGAGAAGAAACGAGAAUCACACGGACAAGGGGAAGAAGAAGAAGAACUAGAAAAGGAAGAGGAGGAAGAGGAAGAAAUACAACGUCAACACAGCAAAGGAAGAAAGAAUGGUUUGGAAGAAACUAUUUGCAGUGCAAAGAUUCGUGAGAACAUCGCUCGCCCUUCACGUGGUGAUCUCUACAACUCAGGUGCCGGUCGCAUCAGCACUGUCAACAGUUUAACCCUCCCCAUCCUCCGCAAUUUACGCCUCAGUGCUGAAUAUGUUCUUCUCUACAGGAAUGGUAUAUAUGCUCCACACUGGAACAUCAACGCCAACAGCCUCUUGUACGUGAUUAGAGGAGAAGGAAGAGUUAGAAUAGUGAACAGUGAAGGGAACAAAGUGUUCGACGAUAAGGUGAGAAAGGGACAAUUGGUGGUGGUGCCACAAAACUUUGUGGUGGCUCAACAAGCAGGAAAUGAAGAAGGAUUUGAGUAUGUAGUGUUUAAGACAAAUGAUAGAGCUGCUGUUAGCCAUGUAAAUCAAGUGUUUAGGGCCACUCCUGGUGAGGUUCUUGCAAAUGCUUUCGGACUUCGCCACAGCCAGGUUGCUCAAAUUAAGUCUAAUGGAAACCGUGGCCCGUUGGUUCAGCCACAAUCUCAGUAAAAUCAUGCAAUGGAAUGUUGAGGUGGCCAUUUUAUGAAAUAAAAUAAUAAGGAAAUAAAUUUUGAAUUGCUGUACUCAAAACUUCAGUUCUAAAAAUAUUAAUAAAGUUAUGGCCUUGUAAAAUCCCUCACACACUGUUCAUAAUCUAAACUCGUAUGCAUGUAUGUAUAAGUGGUGAUUAAUAUUGUACGAGGUGAAAUAAUGCCAUAAUGAAAUGCAAACACUAUGUUUCAUUUA